AAAGACGAAGAAGUCAGCCAAUCCAGCCAUUCCAGCGAUUUACCGUGAGGGCAGAUUCGUUAAUAUGUCAAUGGAUUGCUGAUGGAUUGACUGCAGAAGUCAUGAGACAAGCAGCAUCAGCAAUGUCUGUCAACUUUCUCCUGCGAUACACUGUCAGGGUGGAGAGGAAAAAUUUGGCCACACAUUUAGUCCAGCAGAGAGCUCUGUCAGGGGCAGAUGCUGUCAAUGCACUCAGACCGUUUUAUUUUGCAGUCCAUCCUGAUUUCUUCUGGCAAUAUCCCAGGGAACGGGAAGUGAAUGAGAAUUCAUUAAAGAGGCUAAAUGGCUAUCUGGACAAUCUGCAGAGACCUGGCUCACAAUCAGUUCAGCCGAUGAAGCUCACUUUUUAUGUCAGGGAUACAAAGGACAGCAGUGAUGUGCAGCCAGACCUUCUCACCUCGGGGUUCCGGUCAGUGAGUUUCACGCUGCACACAAAUGAUGUCUUGAGCACAGUGAUGAACGUCUUGAAGUCCUGCAGCCUACCCAUGGAGCACAUGAGGGGACUGAAAGCAAGUACAGAGACAUCUAAAAAUCCACCUGAGGCAGGGAUGCCUUUCUCCAGACCUAUUAAGUGGAAUAAGAGCUACUACACCUUCACUGGUUUCCGAGACCCUGAGCAGGAGCUGCAGCAGGCUAUGAGAGGCGAGCCUACACUCAGCUUGUGGCUGAGAAACAAUGAGCCUGAGGCAACAAAGAAGCACAGUGCUAGUCUUCCUCGGAGAGAUGAACUGAACAGACUGAAGAAGGAACUGUGUCACAAAUUUCAUCUGGCUGAUAUUAGGUGGCAGCGCAGCUGGGGAGUGGCCCACAGGUGCUGUCAGCUCCAGAGUCUGAGCCGACUGUCUCAGCAGAACCCGGAGGCCCUGAUCAACCUGCAAGGACACACUAUUGUGUUUGCUGACCAGUCAGGGAUGAACGCCUCUGGACAUGUCAUGCUGGGAACUAUGGACGUUCAUCAUCAGUGGACCAAAUUGUUUGAGCAGCUGUCCAGCUAUCGCAGCCUGCAGCAGCAGACAGACUGGCUAAAGGAGAGGAUCAGCCUUCUCCUGGGUGGAACUCAAGUGAUACAUGUGGAGAGGCUUGGACCAGUCCAGCCCAUUGCCGAGCACUAUAGCACCCUCAGCACCUUCCACAAACGCCUGAUGUCCCGACGCCUUCAUCUGCACCCCAGGAGCCUGCAGGGGCUCACCAUAUUGUUGGAAAAUGACCGUUCUAACCCCUGUCUCCAUGAGAUGGGGCACUUUAUUAUCCCCACCAACUGUGACCCUCCCAAGCUUCAGGUGUUCCUCCAGACCCAUGCUCCUGAGGCCAGACAGCGCACCCAAAGCAAAAAACAACUGCAGGCAGAGGAGGAAGCUGUGGUGAAGCUGUGUCUCCAAAACCUGUCUUUAAGGAGUCUGUCCAAGGAGGCCAGUGUCAGCUCCAGCCAGAUGAUCUUGUGUUGUAAAAGACUAGUGGAGCAACGUAACCCCCUCAUGCAGGGCUUCCAUAUUUGUGUUUCUCACUUCUACUCAGUCAUGCAGGAUGGCGACCUGUGUGUCCCCUGGGAUUGGAAGAGCUAAGCUAGAGGGGCACAGUCCCAAGAUGCAGUGUUUGAAAGAAGUUUUAGCAGUUUAUUGUUGUUGAGGUAGCAAAUAGGCAAGUUUCACAUGAUCAUUUUUUUAGAUGUCAGGUUGUCACAACAGAUUUAAUAUCUGUUAGUUUCAAGAGAAAACUCUGUUGAAAAAAAUCAGCUGUUAAGUGGUUUAUUCAAGCUGACAAGUGUGGGCUCAUCCAAUAAAAAGCACUUCAUCCUCACUGGUAAAGCCAAAUAGAAGAACUGGAUGGUCACAGAGCUCAGUUGUUCCAAACCUGGGGGUGUGGAAGAUUGUUUACAAGAAAAUGAAAAUGAUUCUGCUGCAUGAAAUUAUGUUCUUUUUAAGUUUUCACAAAAGUUUGCAUUUCUUCUAAAAUGUUCGGAGAAUUUGACCUCAUCAGUAAUCAAAAAGGAUAGUGUUAGAACCAAACAGUCAUUGGUUGAACUGUGAUAAUGGAGGUAGGUAGUCAUUGUUUGGCUAGUAAGGGUCACAAGCCAAAAAAGUCGCUGUUUUUUAUUUGUUGUGUGGAGUUCACUGAGAAAUACUUGAAUAAUGGUUCUUUUAAAGGCACAAUCUGUGACCUAAAUGUAAACUGAAAUAGUCAUAGGCGCGUGGAGUGCAACCACAUUUACAAGCGAAACUGUUCUGGUCCGAUAGGUCGCACCGGAAGGCAAGCUGAACAGCCUGCUGUAAUAGAGAGUGGCUACAUGCAAUGAAUUAUGCUAAUGGGGAUCAAAGCAUGCUUUUGUCUCUCCUGGAAGGCAUUCAUGCUGUUGCACUUAGCUGUUCACGUUAAAAGUGACAUAGUUGUGUAAUCUUCAUGCAACAAAAAUGAGAACUUGUGAGAAAAGUUCAAACUCCACCCACUUUCUCAGCUCCAUACUGCUGACUAAUGACUGUGUGAAGUGGCCGUGUUUGUCAGAUUGUAAAGUUAACAAAAAUUUUGACACAGUCCCCAGUUCCGGGGGUUUCAGGCCCUGUUAAAUUAUGCAACAAGCACUUUGUUUGAAGCAUACUGAUGCCAUUAAAAGGACCAGUGGGAAAGAUUUAGGGGAACCUAUUGGCAACAAUUGAGUAUAAUAUCCAUAAGUGAUUUUCAUUCCGUAUAAUCACCUGAAAAUAUGAAACAUGUUUUUGUUACCUUAGAAUUACCUCUUUAUGUCUACAGAGGGAGUGGUUCCUCUUCCACAGUUUUUGCCAUGUUGCACUGCCAUGUUUCUACAGUAGCCCAGAACAGACAAACCAAAUACAAAACUAGCUCUACAGAGGACCUGUCGCAACUUUCAAGGCCACUGUUGGCUUCCUAUCACGCUUGGUAAGGGAAGGGUGAGGCAAGGGAUGUUCCGCUGGUUGCAAUCCAUAAUCUCACUGCUAGAUGCCACUAAAUCAUUCACACUUUCCUUUAAGUUAUCAAUAUUGCUACUGUUGUAGUGUCAACUGCUAAUUAUUCACCUAGAAGUGAAUAUAACUAAUUUAUGUGAUCAGUGACAGAACUGUGUGGGAGGCUCAUCACUUCACCAGACAACUCAGAAGAAGACUUUUUACAGUGUCAUGUUACAACUGUGAUGCAUCAUGUGGGCUAAGAUGUGUGGUGAUGGUUUGUUUCACUAGAUGGAGCUGUUAUAGACAUAUUGGGCUACAUUUUAGAUGCUGGUGUACAGUCCAGAGUCCAGUCCACAGUUGCGAAGUCUUUGGUAAUGGAGGACCCUUUCUUGUAUAGUGCAUCAGUCAUUUGAAACACAGAUGGUUCCUCUCAAAUAAAAGUCAUU